AUGUCAUCACCUCCUAAUCUUCACAGUCCUUCUGAAGCUUCACUCAUCCCUCCCUCUCCAUCCAUUCUACUCAACCCAAUCCCUUCUUCCCCUCUCCCCCGUCGAUCUCCCUCGGAAACCGGUUCUACAGGAUCUAGGAAUAAAAUAAAGUUUGCACCUUUACCUCAAGUACCCGAGUUGAAAAGAAGGUCUUCUAUAACUUUAGGAGUAGCUGCGAGAAAGAAUUUAUUACAUGAUCAAUCUCAGAAAAAAUCAGGUGUGGUUUAUAUGUCUGAUGAAGAUUGGGAGAGGUAUAAGAAAGAUUAUGAGAGUGAUUCUGUGCCAGUAGUUGAUUUAGGUCAACUAGCUAAAGAAAGUGCUAGAUCAUUAUGGCGUAAAAUGCGUACUUCAUCAACUUCAUCAACAAUCUCCAAUCUCUCAACAUUAUCAGAUACAUCAGAUACUUCCAUCGCUUCCACAUCAUUCACUUCUCCUCGACGAUCAAAUAGACGUCUCUCUGCACCUGAUACACCUGCUGAUAUACCUAUUUUAAGAUCGGGUUUGGGAACGGUAGAAGAAGAAGUGAAACAUUUGGUCGAAGUUCGUGGAAGACCACAUAGUCCUGUACCUAUUCAAGAAGAGGAGAAGGUAGUGAGAACUCGAAGUCCUGCUCCGAGGAUGACGGAUGAGUUGGAAGGUAAAGAUGACAAGGAGCAGCAAAGGUUGGAUGAUAGAGUGGAUUUGAACGUAUUGAGGGAGACGGAUGAUAUAGAAGAAAGAAAGAAGAGUGAAGAGAAGAUAGUGAAUGAGACUAGCAAAGUGAGAAAAGAGGAAAUAGAGGGAGAGGGAGAGGUUGAUAGGGAUGACAUGGAGGAAGAUGAAUUAGGAGAAAGGGAUGGGAUGGGAGGAACGUGGAGUUCCAGGAUGGAUGAGAUGAGACGGAAGCUACAAGGAAAGAAUGAACAUGGAGGGGAAGGAGAAGAUAGGGAAGAGCGAGAGGAAGAAGACCAAGAGAAGGGAAACGAGGAAGAGGAAGAAGGGAAUAUCUUUCCAAGUCACGAAACAGAACAAGUCAGAAGGAAAGCAAGACAAGUUGAUGUGCUCGGUUUCGACGAAAGUAGGUAUCGAUCAUGA